AUGGCUACGCAACAUGACUUGUUCCGAGACAUAUGGGACCAAUUAAGUGAAAAACUACCAAAAGCAGAACUUGAGGUGGCAGGAUCAAUUGCAAGGCUUAUAUGGAACAGAAGAAAUGAGGCAGUGCACGGUAAGAAAUUCAGACACCCCAACUCUAUUCUCCAGAAGGCCUAUGAGGACACAAGACUGUUCAACGCUGCCAAGGUUUUUGUUAAGUCUCCUGGCGUAGUAACCUGUCCUGAAGAUAAGCCUUCCUGGAAAAAGCCUCCUGAUGGGAAGUACAAAGUUAACUGGGAUGCUGCGUUAAAUGAAUCUUUGGGAGUAUUAGGCAUUGGAGCCAUUAUCAGAGACAGCCAAGGUAUGGUCUUAGGAACUAUCAGAGCAAGAAGAAACAUAAGAGUCUCCCCUUUUACUGCCGAAGCUUAUGCAAUGUUGAUGGCAAUCCUUUUCUGCAAGGACACUGGAGUUACUAACAUAGUGCUUGAAGGGGAUUCACUGCAGGUAGUCAAACAGAUGCAGAAGUCUGUCAAGGAUUGGAGUCAUGGUGGUCUAAUUAUUGAAGAUGUUAAAGCUAUAAUGAAGUCCUUUCCUGGCUGGAGCAUUGGACACAUAAGAAGGGAUGCUAAUAUGGCAGCUCAUUUGCUAGCCAAGGAUGCCCUUAACAGUGUUGAAGACUCUUUUUCCCUUGAAAACUUCCCUAGUUGUAUUGAGCAUAUCAUUUGUAAGGAACUCGUGUAA